AUGGAGCAUCUUCCGAUACCCCGCGACCCAAUUAGUGAACAUCCGACGAUAGCAUUGGGCACCAAACAGUUCCACAAACCGGGGCCUUUUCUCGACUACCCGACACAGCACGGCGAUGUUCUCAACGCACAGUAUCCACAUGUUCCCACUCAAGCCGAUGCCCUUCAAGGGCGGUUCACAGCCGGGAUAUCGCAUAUGCAGGUUAUUGACUAUUACCAAGGCUGGUUGUUCUGCUCCUUGCUCCAGGAGUUUCUGGGAAACCUGUAUAAAUGGCAAAAAUAUACGUCAUGGACGUACGACGAUCAAGAAAAGCUCAAGACUAUCAGCCUAUCUACAAAGACUUUGCACGAGGACAUGGCAUCGUUACGCGCAAGCGGGCCGCUGGCAUCCAUCCGAAACGGUGAUGCAUAUGAAAAGCACCUAAAAACAUGCUUGGAUCAAGCCUUCGAGGCCUUUCAUGAGAUCGAGUCCAGAUUCCCGGGCUUCUCGGCGGCCUUUGCCGAAGAAAUUCUGUGCCUGGCCAGCUUGGCUGAGACAUUAGACUCUGCGGUUCAGACGGCCCUCGUUCACGGACCAGUCGCCGAAAUGGACCGAGGUGUACAGCACUUCCCAGAGUCAGCCAAGCGCCCCUUGUUCUCCAAGGUCGCCUCCUUGCUUGAUCUGUCCUCGGGAGAUAAUAAGCUCGCAAUGAUUAGGGCCGGAUGGUGCCCUGGUGAUAUCACUAAGAUCGGCGAGAGCUUCAACACCAUCGCCGCGUUCUAUUACUUUAGCAAGUUCAAGGCGGAUUCCACCGUGGCAGACUUGCACAAAGACUGUCCCGAAUAUGGCUGCAGUCUCAGAAUACCAGCAGAGCCUAAACACAUGAGCGAUGGUUGCAAAUGCCCGGGAAUGAUUUCAUUUGAUGAGGAAAAUCUUAUAGACAUCUACCAAAAGGGCGAUGUCCCUUGCUUUUCUAUCGGAAGGCUUGAAGACGGCAGUUUGGGCAUCGCUCUUAGCUCCUGUAGCAUCGACGAAGAGUCGCAGAAAGACCCUAGUAAUCACUACGUCGCUCUCUCACAUGUAUGGUCAGAGGGUAUGGGCAAUCCGGCGGCGAAUGCCCUACCCUUUUGUCAGCUGGCUUACGUACAACACUGGGCAAUGAUGGCAUACCAAGUUGUGGAAGAGAAAGAAGCAGACGAGUCAAAGGAAGGCACGGGGAUCAUGAUCCAAACGAAACCCAAAAUACGCCAGCUCAAUAUCUGGAUCGACACCAUGUGUUGUCCUGCGACUCCUGGAUACGGAAAGAAUCUUUGCCUCUCCAUGAUGCGAGACAUCUACUCCAACGCCAAUGUCGUCAUGGUGAGAAGCGCAGUGCUUGAAGCUUUGGAAAUAGGCGACAUUGUACGGGAUCCCUCCAAUGGGGUGAUGGAUGUUGCAGCACAGCUGUAUCUCUCUCCUUACAUGCGCAGGAUAGCUCGAGGUAUUGGCGACCGGCUUUGUCUGUCAUUCGCCGAUGGCAUCCUCUCGCUCGAAUCAAUCAUCAACGUUCUGAAGCAAGCCCCCCGACAAGAGGCCUUGUUGGCAUACCGCUUCAUGGCAGAAUUCCGCGACCUCAGCACUCACAUGUGGCAGCUAGGAGAUGAUGAUGGCGACAAGCCACUGGAGCACAGUCUGAAGGGGUUUGACUUCUUCUUGAACAUGCUCACUGUCGCUUUGAAAUACCGCAACGUCACGGUUGCGUCCGACGAGGUGAUUUGCUUGGCUACGCUGAUGAAUCUGCGUAUCAACAGCACACGGGGAGUCGUACCUCUCAUUGGCCACGGAGAGACUCCCGAGGAGGGCAUGUGUGAGUUGUGGAGGAGGCUUCAGGGCCUCGGUGGGAGUCUGCCAUCUGACCUUAUUUUCUCCUCUGUCCCGCGUGUUCAAGUACCAGGAUAUCGGUGGGCACCCGCAACUCUUGUCCAGUACGCGAAACACGGCAAUCUCUAUGUUUCUCAUUCCAGUGCGUAUCCGGCGAAGAUUUCCGACAAGGGUCUACACGUGAGGCUUCCUGGGGCGCGACUCACGAGUUUGGCUGCCACUGCUGGUUCAUUCGGCAAGUUAUUGCCAAGGGUAUCAAUGAAUGACCCAAAGGAUGUCCACCCGGAAGAUGAAGCCACACCCCCUUCUGUAUUCUUGGCAAAGCUACAAGCAGAUGGAGAUGGAUGGUUUGCUGUCAGAAUUCACAAGGGCGAAAAUGAGACCCGGGAAUCCGGAUCUGCACAUGCAGAAUCACGCUCAGAAUCAAGGCAGAGUCCAAAUCUUCUCCAACUCCUUGAGAGCAGGUCUACGGCGCUCAUAUACCAAAACGCCAACAUCAGCGGGCCAGGUCUACUCGUUUCCAUUGUGUCGCAACCGUCAAAACUGAGCGCUCUCGACAUUCUGAGUCUGAAUCAGGAGCCUUUGCAGACCAUAAGCGAGUUCCCUGUAAAGAUAAUGCCUCUCAGCGGCGGUGCCAGCAUCAUUGCUGAAGCAGCCAACAACUGUGUCGAAGAGCUGAACCGAAGGGUUGUGGCUGAGUCGAGACAGCGGACAGGCGGAGAUACCGUUGAAAAUGUCUGGGAGGAUGCGAUUGUCAUUGCUGAGCUGUUGAAGCAAACGGCCGAGAGAACCGUGGAAGAGUCCAGUGCAGCCCUGAAAGAAGCCUUGUAUUUCGAGGUGUUGUCUACGAAAGCCUCUGCCACGUACGAGGCCGCCAUCGAGCGCUUCAUGCAGUAUGUGCGCCAGGUGGCGUACUUUGGCGGCGGUAUAACGUGCGAGUCUUAUCCGGACGACCAAGACUGGUAUGUGGAUUGA